GAGUUUACCUCAGGGGAGGUAGUUGUAAUUUACCCUUUUGAUUAACUGGGUCGGGUCACUCGGUAAUGAACCGAUUCAAUUGGAUUGAACCCUCAUUUUUAAUCGAUUGCUUAACGCUAAUCCGCGAUUGCUACUGAUUCAUUCAAGCUUUCAGCGACGGUGGGCAGCUAUUUUACGGCGGCGCGUGGGAGCCGACGACAUUGUCUGGCUAAGAUUACAACAUCUGGGUAUGCUGAAUUUAUUCAAAUCCCAGAUUACUUCCCACAAAAUCCAGUUAUUGAAAAACACCCGAAUAUUUGGGUGUAGAAAUUUAACUUCAGAAUCAAACCAGAAGACCGAAAGCAAUGUUGCAAUCUUUUGGGAUUUGGAUAACAAGCCCCCAAAAUCAUUUCCACCGUACGAUGCAGCAACGAAAUUGAAGCUAGCCGCCCAUAGAUUCGGGUUUGUCAAAUACAUGAUCGCUUACGCCAAUCACCAUGCAUUCAGCUAUGUUCCCCCUUCAAUCAGGGCACAAAGAAGAGACACGAGAGCAUCGAACGAGCUCGAAACCAUGGGUGCAAUCAAGCCCGACGAGCCCUACAUAUGCAGAGUUUGCGGGAGGAGAUUCUACAGCAACGAGAGGCGAAUCAAUCAUUUCAAGCAAAUCCACGAACGAGAGCAAACGAAACGUUUGAACAAGAUCGAGUCAGCUCGAGGAAAGAAAAGGGUGGAUAUGGUGGCGAAGUAUUCGAUGAAGAUGGAUAAGUAUAAGUACGCUGCUAAGGAUAUUUUGAUCCCUAAAGUAGGGUACGGUUUGGCGGACGAGUUGAAACGGGCUGGUUUUUGGGUUAGGAUGGUUCCGGACAAGCCGCAGGCUGCUGACGUGGCGCUGAGGAAUCAAAUGGUGGAUAUGAUGGACCGGAGAACGGUUGAGUGUUUGGUUCUUGUUUCGGAUGAUUCCGAUUUUGUGGAGGUUUUGAAGGAGGCAAAAUUGAGGUGUUUGAAAACAGUGGUUGUGGGUGAUUGUAAUGAAGGUGCUUUAAAAAGGACUGCUGAUGCUGCAUUUUCUUGGCAGGAGAUUAUGAUGGGGAAGGCUAAAAAAGAAGCUGUAUCGGUUGUUGGGAAAUGGAAAGAUAGAAAUGUUUUGCAGAGAUUGGAGUGGAAUUUUGAUCCCGAGACGGAGAAAAAAUUGUACUGUGAUGAAAUUGAUGGUGAAAAAUCGGAUCUUGAAUUGUUUAGAUCGGAUGAAUCUGGUUCUUUGUUGGAAGAGGAGGAGAAUGAUGGUAAGUGGUGGGAAUUGGAGAAAUGAGUAGAUAUGAAAAGAUCUCGGAAUGAUUAACGAACGUACGAAUAUGCAAUGGUGUGAGGGGUGACAAAUCUUGGUCGUAUUUUAGUCUGAACAAAGGAGACAACAAAGUGUUUUAAGUCGAAAUCUGAAUAAGACGUUGGAUUCACAGUCUCGCAUAAUGUCGUUGGAGCUAACUCGUCGCUAUUCAAUCUGAUGUUUGUGCUGGUAGCUUUUUCCGGUAAAAUGAAUUACAAGGAUGAGAGCCCGAAACUUGAGUUGCAACUGAGGUUAUCCCCACCGAGGGAUCAUCAGCGGCAAAUGAUUCAGUCGCCGGAGUAUUCUUCGACGGAGAUAUCUCCGAGAAGCUCGUGUGUGUCGCGAGAAGCGAGCCCAGAUGGGACCGUGUGCUUUGAGAGUGGUACCAUGAUACUUGUUGGGUGCCCUCGAUGCCUGAUGUAUGUUAUGUUAUUCGAAGAUGAUCCGAAAUGCCCCAAGUGUAAGAGCACCGUUUUGCUUGAUUUCAUGCACGAUGAGACGAUCAGAGGAUUCAAGAAAUGAAAACUGCAUAAUCUUGAUUUAUUUGAUUUUUCCUUUGAAUUCUUGGGUUUCUUUCACCAAUUUUUUUUUAUUUUUUUUUUUGCUUAUUUAAAUCCUUUUUGUGAU